GAGGAGUAUAUCACACAAAUCUUUGUUUGUUUCUCGAAAAUCGUGCCAGUUAAAAGAGAGUAUUCAAACCGAAUGACGCCUUAUUUCAUAUGUUUAGUGGAGCCACUGCAUUUGUGCAUUUUCUCAUUUUCGCUCCACUUUCGUUUGUUAGACAAAAACGUUCUGCUUUCUCCUAUUGCCAAAAUACUUCGCAAAAGGGAGAAAGCAAGCAAAAUACGCUAAUGGCUUCUUCUAUAUCCCCUUCUUCCUCUGCUUCGGGUUUAUCGGAAACAGUCUCUCUGACCUCCAACUUAAGGUUUUGCGUGCACUCUGCCCUUGCCCAAGUGGGAUUACACUGGAGAACUGUUUGUCUGACAUGUGGGGAUGAAGGAGAUACCAAGCUUCUUAUAUACUGCUUGAAAUGUCGUGAUUCCGCUGUACACCACUAUUGCCUAGAGAAAUUCUCCGUUGAUGAUGACCGUAUUGAAUGGAUAUGUUGGGAUUGCGCUCCUGAAGUUACUAAGGUUGAGCAGUUUAGAAAGAGUGAACGGAUAAGUGUGAGAAAAAUCCGUGCUUUUGAUGUUCGAGUGGAACGGAGAAUAAAGCUUAACAAUUGUAAACUAAAAGCUAAAAGGUUAGAUAAGGCUAAACAUGACGCAAAUGGAGCAGUCCAAUCAGCUUCAACCCAUAAUCCUUUACAAAUUUUGCAUAAGGAAAAGCCUUCACAAAUUGAAACUAAGAAACAAAAAGACAUUGGAGAAGAGUGUGCAGAUGUAUGCUAUUCUGAACAGCAAAUUAAAUCAGUAAAAGCAUGGAACGCUCCACUAAUAAGCAAACACCCGGAAUCUUAUUGUUCAACAUUGAACGAGGAAGGUGGAAUGGUAGAAAGAUCUCAAUUAAGAGGUGACUCUUCUCCGCAAGAUCCAAAGAGUGCUCAGUUACUUAUUGAAAUUGGAAAACAACAAAAGAUGAGAAAGCCAAGGAGGAGGUUUGUAGUUCUUGAUGAUGACAGUGAUUUUGAGGGAGAGGGUGGGGCAAUUGGUGGAAAUUUUUCUUCAUUCUCCGAUGAGCAUUAUUUUCCACUCAACAAUUUGUAUAGUGAUACUCAAGUAGAAUCUGUGAAUUGUUUGCCUGCAGAGCCAGUUAUUGAUCCCAUUUGGCGGGGAUGUUUUAUCUUCAAUAGAGAAAGUGAAGGCAGUAAUAAUAUUUUAGCUCAUUUGUCAAACAAAGCCUGUGAAAAGGCGUUAAUAGCAGCAAAUAGGCUUCCGGUGCAACUUGAUGUAGAACUUAUGGCCAAGAGUGAUAUAUGGCCGAAGAGUUUUCUGAGGUUGCCACCAACGGACAGCAGUAUUGCUUUGUAUCUCUUUCCCGAGCUCUGGAAAGUGAUGAAAAUUCUUAUGAUGCUCUUUUGGAAGAUUUAAUUGACAAUGAUCUUGCAAUGAACGCCAUGAUUGACAACUUGGAGCUUUUGAUUUUUUCGUCUCGUGAAUUGCCACAGCAACACUGGAGGCUUCAUAGGAAGUACUAUUUGUGGGGCGUGUUUAGACAUAAGUCACCCUCAUGCUCAAAUAUACCAACUGCUAACGUUUUUGCACAAACUAGCAGCAUUCAGAAUGCAGCUAUUAGAGCAUUCAGAAUGCAGCUAUUAGCUAUCUCCAAAAUGAAGUCGAAGGUGCAAAUACAGGUUGUUCUCAGGGCCAGAGUUUCCCCAGUCCCUUGAGAUAUUGAAAGGUGUGAAUUCUGGCAGUCCUCAGGGCCUCUUCCCACGUCCCUUGAGCUCCUGUUAUAUCAGUACAUCUACAAAAGAUUCCCCUUGCCAUCCCGGGGUUAGACUCAUUAAUAUGGAACACGAGUGUAGUAGGAAUUUAGACACAAGGAACCAAGAUGUUGGCCAACAUGACACAUGCAGAAUGCUAACAUCUGAUAUUUGCGUUUCUACAUAACUGAAUGGAGUUGGUGAUCAAUUUGGUCCCUGCUUGGAGCCUUUCAGAUCGAAAAGGCGUCUUUCAUUUUCAACUAUGGGAAAUUGGGCGACAGUGGUGAUUUUUAUUGGUAUGAAGAAUGACACCCGUUGCAAGCAAAUAGGGUGAUUUGGGGUUUGUUGAAAAAAGUCAAGGUGUUUGAAGAAAAACAAAAUCGAGCAAGAAGAUUAUAUAUUAUUGGUGUUAUUGCCAUUACUUUGGUGUUGUCGGGAAUAUGGAUGUUGAAACCUAAUUGCUGAAGUUUUGUGUUGAACUCAUUCUACUGAUAUUGAUGCUAAUUGCUGAAGUUUUACGUUGAACUCAUUCUACUGAUAUUGAUGUUGCAAAUUGGCCGUUUAGGUGUAUAACUGUGAUGUGCAUUAGGACUUGUAAGGUGUAGUUUGUUGAUGUAAUAUUGCCCUUGUAAUAUUUCUUACAGGUGUAGUUUGUUGAUGUAAUGUUGGCCUUGUAAUAUUUCUUACAUUUGUUGAAAUAAAAUAUUUAUUUGUCGUUAACUUUUGAU